UUGAUGCUCAAACCUCUAUUUGUGAAAUUUGCCAUUUUCUCUUCUCUCUUUCUUCAUCCUAUACACUAAAACCAAAACCAAAACCAAACAAACCAUUAGCCCCACCACCUUCUCCUAAACCCGUUUUCUCUACAUGCUUUAGAGUUUCUUUAAUUUUCUUCCCAUAAAAUCCAACCUUGUUUCAAGCCAAAAGAAAAAAAGAGAAGUAAAAAGAGGACAAGCCUUGUUCCUUUUUACCUCUCUCUCAAUCCUUUCUCUUUCUCUCAUUUUCUUCUCGUUUCUUCUCUCUCCAUUUGUCUCUCCUCUCUUUUUAUCAUUUCCCUCACCUUAAUUAGAGAGAGGAGAGAAAACUCCAACCCCAUCAUCAUUUCCAUUUACAUUCAAUUUUUCACAGCACAAACCAUAAUAGCAGACAUUUAAUUUUCUCUUUUAUUUUUAAUUUAUUUUUCAAAAGAAAAGGCUGUUUUUCUAAAGAUGCCGAGACAAAUCAACAAGGACAACGACGACGACAACAACAACCGUGAAGACAAUUAUAACGAUGGAGUUGUAGCAAAAGAGGAGAAUGGUGGUGGUGAAAAGAGUUUGAGAGGGAAAACAAAGAAAGGGCCAUGGACACUUUCGGAAGAUAUAAUGUUGAGAGAGUAUGUGAUGAAGUACGGUGAAGGGAAUUGGAACUGUGUGCAAAAGAAUUCAGGGUUGGCAAGGUGUGGCAAAAGUUGUAGGCUUAGAUGGGCCAAUCAUCUAAGACCUAAUUUGAAGAAAGGUUCAUUUUCUAAAGAAGAAGAAGAUUUAAUUGUUCAACUUCAUGCUAAGCUUGGAAACAAAUGGGCUCGAAUGGCCGCACAGCUACCUGGGAGAACAGAUAAUGAAAUAAAAAACUUUUGGAACACUAGAGUAAAAAGAUGCCAAAGAGCUGGGUUGCCACUUUAUCCACCACAAGUGUUGCAUGAAGCCAAUGUAUACCAUCUACAACAACAUCUCAAACCUCAACCUUCUUCAUCAUCAUCAUCAUCUUUCUCAUUUUCUCCAUUAUUUAUGUCUUCCUCUAACCACCAAGAAAUCAAUCAACUAAAGCUAAUAGCCCACCCUUCUACAAAUCAACAAAACCCACCCCAUUCCUCUUGUUUAUCAAAUAAUAAUCCACAACCAUACCCACAAUUCAAGUUUCCAAAUGAAAACCCUAAUAUUACAAAUAGUGGAAAUUUAGGGUUCCCAUUAUCUCCUAUUUCCAUAACUUCCUCUUUGUUUCACCAAAGCUAUAAUAAUGUAAAUAAUAGCUCAAAUAAUGAUUACCAUUUAGGAAGCUAUAACUAUGGGUUCCACUCCAACAAUAGUGAUACUAAUAAUAAUAACAUUAAUAAUAAUAAUGUUAAAAUAAUGCCAAAUUCACCAUUUGAAGCACUUCCUCCUUUGAUUCAAGGUUCAAAUAAUAAUAAUGAAGCCUCUUUAAGCCAAUCAUCACCACCACUUAGCUCAACAACACCUACUUCAUCUCAUGCUAGCGGUAAUAAUGGCUACUUAAUAGGAGGAGGAGCUUCAAACAUGGCUACAAAUGGUGACGGCGGCCGCUCCGGAGUUGCGCCACUUUCGCCGCCUCAAGAAAAUGGUGGUGGUGGCUUGUUGGGUGCAGUUUUGGUAGAAGCUCAAAGUCUUUGUAACAAUAAUGACAAGUCUAAGAGUGAUAAUGAGGAUUCAACUGCAUCACAGGUUUUAUCUCAUAAAAGAAAAUACAUAGUAACUACUGAGGAAUGUGCAAAAGAAGAAGAGACUAAUAAUGUGGUUGUGGAGUCAGAUACCAAAAGCAAUGGAAAUACCAUUAAUAAAAUACACAAGGUUGAUUUGUACUCUUCUCCAUUUUCAACAGGGAAUAAACAAACAACUGAGGAUGAAUUGGAGGAAAUCAAUACCAUGGAUGAUGACUUAUUUGGCCUACUUAAAAACUUUCAAGAAAUGCCAGUUCCAGAUUGGUACCACAAAAGAGGACAACCAUUGGAACUUGAAACUCAACAAGAUGCUUCAUUGGGCCCCAUAGAUCAAGCAUUUUCAGCUCAUGACAGUUUUUGGAGAAACAUGCCCAAAUAUUGAAUACAAUAUACAUAGAUUCUUACUUUACCAAAAGGUUUUCAUUGCUUGAAAAUGCAUAGAGGGAAGUGGAUAUCAAACUAAGAGAAUGUUGAUAUGCAUGUUAGAUGUAUAGCAUUAGACUUUAGUGUUAAUUGAUGAGUUCCUGAAUUGAACUAGAAUAGCAUAGUACAUAUAGGAGAGACAAUUAGGUUUGGAUUGUUAGAGAUUAAGUUAGACAUAUAUGUAUUAUUAACGUUAUGAAAGUAAUUUGACUAAAUAUCACCACCAUUGCACAAAAAAAAAAAAGGUGUGGUGUCAAGAGGUGGACUUUGGUCAAGUUCUUCGUUUGUAUUUUUAGUAUUAGAAUCGUGCAUUAGAACUAUACAUGUAUAGCGCAAAUUAAAUUAAAGAGCAAAAUAAUGCUCUUCAAUGUAUGUUUAUGUUAUGAACAAAUUCUGAUAUAUCUUAUGUGAUGAUCA